UCCUCAGGGAAGGAGGAGGUAUAAGACUUAUAAGCAAGCAUUGUUUGGCUUUUGUGGCAGAGCAGAAACAAUGGCGCAGAAUGGUACCAGUCUCCAAAAGGAUGUUGACACAAAGCCAGAAGAAACCACAGAGAAUGUUGUUGAAGACUCAAAGCCAGAAGAAACCAAGAAUGGCGUUGAAGACUCAAAGCCAGAAGAAACCGCAGAGAAUGGUGUUGAAGACUCAAAGGAGACGAAUGCAAGCCCGCAAAAUUCCAGUGGUGUGCGCACAAUGGCAAAGUCCUCUGUGCCAGCCAAGAACCAAGGCUUUAUUAAGUCUCUCCUCAUAAGGAUCUCUCGCAUCUGGCCUUUGAAAUAUGUGUUUGUAAUGCUGAGAAAAAUUGCAGCCUUUGCUGGCUUCCCUGAAGUGGAAAGUAUUGGUAUUGCUGAUCAGAUGCAGUCUCCCAGAAGACGUUUCUUGAGUGGCAAAAAGAGAAUUGGGCGCUUGGCUAGACUUAUUCUUUUGCUCACUCCAUACAGACUACAGUGUGCCUUGGGGUAUCAUGCUGCAGAAAAUAUAGGAAAUGCUGAAGUCUCUGAUGAGAUUAGGAAAUCUCCUUUAAAGCCACAUGGGAAAGGGAGCAAGCGAAAACAAGAUGACAUUGAGGUCGAAGAGGAGUAUCACAGUUGGGUAACCUUUAUGGCUGAAGACCUACCAGAUGAGGAUCAAGAGGAUGACCCUACAUAUGAGCCCAGUAAGUUUUCCAACUCUGACAGUGAAGAAAACCGAUCCAAAAAUGACACUGAAAGUGAUUUGGAAGUAGAAGAGAAGGAUGGCAUGUUCAUGCUGAAGGAAUCUACACAAGACCCACCAGCCAAUGAGGCACAAAUACAAAAUGGAGAAAUUGAGCCAAUCAAUGAAGAGCAGAAAACUUCUGCAGAAUGAUCUACUAAACAAAUCCAGCUGUGGCGUUCCUUAAACCUAAUCUGCUUAGCCAUGACUUGCUACCUGUAACUUUGCUACUAUGUUAAUAAAUAUUUUUCAAUUUA